AUGACUGCGAUCCCGCAACAGCAUCCGCAGCAGGACCCUUACCGACUCCCGCAUCCACAUGCGGCCGCCUAUCAGCGUCCUCCAGACAUGUACGGCGCACCUCCACCUGGUCCACCACCGGUCGUCUACCAAGCUGCAGCCCCAAGGCAACGGACGGCCAUAGCUUGUCGAUACUGCCGACGCCGUAAGAUUCGAUGCUCCGGUUUUGAUACCUCCCAGGAUGGUCGAUGCAGCAAUUGUGUUCGAUUCAACCAGGAAUGCAUGUUCACUCCAGUCUCAUCUCAGGCGCAAGCAUUCGUGCCCGCACACACUGCCUAUCCUCAUCUCCGUGCUGCUCAAGGCGGCCGAGGACGACCGGGCGAAGGCGUGGUCCUAUAUGGACCUCACGGACAGCCUCUGCCACACCAACCUAUCUCCCACGGCGGACCAGAACAGACUCUGCCACUCCCACCUGGCAUGUAUCCUUCGCCAUACGGAAGACCUGACGACCGAACCGGUCUUCCUCCACACAUGGCGCAUCCACCACCAAUAAUUCAAGAUCCGGUGAGUCGCAAACGCCCCUUCACCGACGAUGAUUCUUCCUCCUACUCCUCCUCUAUGCGUCAGCCAUCCCACUCUGCUUCAAAUUCUGGCUCCUCAUACUCUUCUUCAUCACAGCGCGCGCCCUUGCCUCGUCGUAACUCCGCAGGCGGCCCAGAGUACGGCGAGCCGCCAACUUUGCCUCCCGUCUCCGUCGCCACCGCUGGCCCGAGCUACGCAGUCCAUCCUGCUCCCGCACCCACACCUUAUUACGCUACAAGCCAACAAGACAGACGCCUAUCCUCCCAUUCGUCUUACUCUUACGACCCUUCCCAGGGCACCCCUCCACGUGCAGGCGCACAUACCCCAACCACCAAUGCGCAUCUGCCAACACUCCAGCCCCUGCAUAACGCACCCCCGAUUCCACCAGCCAGAGAAGGCGGCCCGACCCCACCACCGGGACAACCCGCCAUCCCAGGACGAAGCGGACUUAGCGUGCGUGACAUGCUAGGACCCUCCGAAGGCCAACGCACCCGCACCACGACUGACAGCGACAUGCUGAACGCUCUCAACCGGGGAGGGCUGAACAAAUAA